GGCAUCUCUGGGCUGAUCCUGGUGUUUUUUCUUCGGCGGAUGCUUCUAAAAAGAGAAGACAUGCAGUCGCUUGAAAAGUGGGAAUUUGGUUUUGGUCAGAAUAAAAGUGAUGGGAGUGGUUGGCCGAUAUUAAAGGAAAUGCAGUGAUGAUCAGUGUUGUUUGUUCAACCCAGUGACGCUGCCAAACAAGGCACCCAGAUACGCCUGUUGGCCAAUGCUAGCCCAUUAACCCACUUUUAUACGAGUUUAUUACUUGUUAGCCCAUUAGUAAGUACUGGCUUUUUGGCUGUGGCUCCAGAAAUUUAGUGAAUAAGUUCUGCAUUUGAAAGGACCUUGGGAACAAGAAUUACAAAUUUCCACAGAGAAGAUGAAUCAGUCAUGGCAAGACGUGGCCGAGCAGUACCGCCGCUGGCGCGAGGACAACUCGCGCAACAGCGACCUUAUCGUCCAGCUCUGGGAGGAGAGGCUGGGCGCUAACGUCCACAAGCUCGGCGACGAAAAAUGGAUGGUGCUGGAGCAGGUGGCGGUGGCGGCGCUGGACAUGCACAAGAUGACGGUGGCCGAGGACUGCCUGAUGAUGCUGGCCAAACGCUUCCCGGGCAGCCAGCGGGUGCGCAAGCUGAAGGCGCUGCGACUGGAGGCGCUGGAGAGGUACGACGAUGCCAACGACAUCUACGAUGCCAUACUGAGGAAAGAUGAGACGAACACGGUGGUGAGGAAACGCAAGAUCGCCGUCCUCAAGUCCCUCGGCAAGACUACAGAGGCCAUCAAGGAACUGGUGGAAUACCUAAAGAAGUUCAUGUCGGACACGGAGGGCUGGAUGGAGCUGGCUGACCUCUACGUCAGCGAGCAGGACUACAGCAAGGCCGCGUACUGCAUGGAGGAGCUGCUGCUGCACAACCCGCACAACCAUCUCUACUUCCAGAAGUACGCCGACAUCAAGUACACACAGGGAGGCUUCGACAACGUGGAGGUGGCCCGCUCCUACUACUCACGUGCCGUCAAGCUGAGCUCGGCGGCCAACCUGCGGGCUCUGUACGGCCUGAUGCUGUGCUGCUCGCUCAUCGCCAACUCGCCCAAGGCCAGCGCCCAGAAGAAGAAGGAGAACACCAGGAUCGGCCAGUGGGCGGCACAGUGUAUAUCGGAAAAGUACUCGGAGGCCAUUGGCGAGGACGACGACCGACUGCCCGUGGAGCAGUUGCUGGGCGCGCUAACCCUCAGCUAGUGCAUCUGUGACCCUGACCUCUGGCUGACCCCGAUCAAGGGUCAGCCGCUCGCGGCGCCGGGGCAGACGGCCAGGCGGGCCGCCGUCCUGGACCUCUGCCGGCGCCCGCCGGCGAGCCAGGCGGCGGCUCUUUGAAGCGGCUCGGUGUCGUGUCAAGAGGUCACCCUGGGCGCGCUGUGUCUGUCGCGGUGAUUCGCGGGGCUAUGAGUCAGUGAAGGGUGAUUAGUCUGAUGUGGGGUCGUCCGUGUCGGCGUUGGACAUCGUGGAAGACUUGUGGAGCGAAAACGUGGGGUUCAUUGACCGUAGACGUGGGCGGGCAGUGCUUCUUUCGUGCGAUACAAGGUAUGGGAUCGCUCUUGCAGCAAACUGGCGUUUUUAUUUUUUGGUCGCUGCAUGAGAUGUGCUGUCGGCAGCAUAUCGUCAUUGGAAGUUAUAAUCAGACCCUUUGCGGGUACCCUGAACUUUGUCAUCUGGGCAGUGGCGAAUCUCCCACCAUCGUGUUAGCUGGCGAUCGCUUGAAUGAGGCCAUGUCUUGAUGCACUGCCAGACGUUCUACCAGUCCUGCGUAUUUAGUCUCGGUUUGUUGAUCAGUAGAACGGGUGAGUAAAACAUUAUCUUGGGUAGGCCUGCGUGUGCGUUUGGUGCGUGUGGUUGAACCUACUGAGCGGGACUCGGGUUAUUGGUGUUCAUGAUGUGUUAUCAACUAUUCGUGGUCACGUGGUAAAUGUUACUCCUUUUUUUGCUUAAGUGAUCGUGGUGUUUGAUGAUAUUCAACAUGUAGCGCUGUUGCAAAGUUUUCCCAAACAUCCAUUGAUCGCAUAUAGUGCUUUGGAAAGGAGCUUCCAACUUGCGUUCUCCUGAUUUAAAAGUUCAGGUGCGUGUCUCAUUGCAUGUCUUAGCGUCUAGUUUAAAGGUUCGUUCACCGAUUUUGUUUAUGUGCUGCUGUUUAGUUCCAUUCCAUGAAAAGAACUGUGAAACCUGAGAGCCCAAGAUAUACCGGAAAGUAUGCAAUAUCGCUC